CUUUUUUGUAGAAUUCAAUAGCACGUUUUGGGGGCGCAAUUAAAAAUUUCAGGUAUAAACCCUUCGAAGAAGAGACCGGCAGGCGCAGUGUCCCGACUCUGGGAAUUGGUUGAAACUCAGAAAGAUAUGGCCUUCACUAUAUCCCCAUCUCAAAUUUUUCCAAGGAAACCCUUUCAGAGAGUCUCAACUCCGCCCCCAAUCUUAUCCCCUUCGUCUUUCAGGUUCCCCGUAAAGGUCUUAGCAAAUAGAGUGGUGGUAGUGUGUUCGGCAUCCUCUGCAGGAGGAAGCUCGACCUCAAGCAAUGACUUAGAUCCUUAUGAGGUUUUAGGUGUAAGCCCCAUUGCAGGGUUUGAGAAGAUAAAGACUGCUUAUUCGAGGAAACGCAAAGAUGCUGAACGGAAUGGCGAUGAAGCAACUGCCACCCAACUGGAAAUGGCAUAUGACAAGAUCAUGAUGUCUCAACUAACACAGAGAAAGAAGGGUGUUACAUUUGGAUCAUUUAAGGUUUCGAAAGAGAUAAAGUAUGCUGAUAAGCAGCCUAUUGUAUCAUGGGGUCCCAGGUUCAGCAAAUCAGAACACAGAGAUAUGCAAAUUAAUAUGGCACUUUCGGCUGUAUUUACAGCUUGGGUUUUUAUCAAACGCAAUGCCGAAUGGAAGCCCUUGCAAUUCUUGGCUUUUGUGUUUGUGUACAGGAUUUUUGAAAAAUUAAAAGCUUUGGAGCCUCCUCCGUCUCUUGCAUUUACAGAAGAAGCGGAUAACGGGCGAAUGUUAAGGAUGGGUAAAAGGCUUCUGCGUUCCCUUGGACUGGCAUUUGGCUGCAUUGCUGUUUCUUCUUUGGGAUACACGGGCAUCCUAAAUCUGAUUGAAUUCACGGGCCGUUUUAUUCCUGCUAUUAUUUACAACAACCAGGAAGUGAUUGUAACAACUGCAACAGCCAUCUUGCUUUACAUUACUGCAUCAUAUUACAGAUGAUGAUGAAAUAUUGUAGAGUUUGAAGUAAAUGAUACACUAUGGUCUUUUAGGAGAUUGUGAUUGUGAAUUGUGAUAAUCAUAUUUGAGAUGAUUGAUCUCUUUUUUCAACUUUCAACCCUUCUUAUGUUUUGUAGUGGAAAUAUAAUUCAUUUUUUUCUAGACGUUUGCGCUUUGAAUGUUUGAAGUGACAAUGGGAUGAUGAAAAGCAGUCAAAAGCAACCCCACUAUUUCACAAUGAGCAUAUUUGGUUGAAUGGAGAAUUUGUUCUUUUCCUUGAUUAA